AUGGAUAAGGCGUCUGACUUCGGAUCAGAAGAUUGCAGGUUCGAGUCCUGCCAGGGUCGCUCCCACCUUUUCCGCCUUUACAUCCACUUCCAUUCUAAUCGCCGCGUCAUCGUCGAAGUCGUUGUCCUCUUCGCACACCACGGCCACACUUGUCAUACAGCGUCGUGCCUGAGUCUUGAAAUCACUGCUCCCUCCUAUUUGUACACACCCCCCACCCACUCACUCACUCAUCCACUCACUAGGGCCUCUCUCGCCCUACCAAAUCCGCAUGUUCCAGCUGCGCCUUGCAUACCUUACCUUGUCUCGCCUCGCCUCGCCUCGCCUCGCCUCGCCUCGCCUCAUCGCGACCUCAACGUCGUCGUUGUCAUCGUCAACGUCGUCUUCGCGUCGACGCUGCUGCUGCUGCUGCUGCCACCGCCACCGCCACCACCGUCAUUGUCGCCUCCACCUGUGCGCUGCCCUAAGCCUCGCUUAUCCCAGUCUCCUGUGUCCACACCACUGAACCCCAUGGCAGUAUGUCGUGAUUUGGCUUGUUCAGCGGACGCACAGGCCUCCGUAGCUCAGUGGUUAGAGCACUGGUCUUGUAAACCAGGGGUCGGGAGUUCAAUUCUCCCCGGGGGCACUUGCUUUGACAUUGCCGCCCUUCUACCGCCCAUCCUCUCUCUUCUCUCUACUUUCUACACCCAACAAUCUUGCUGCCACAUGCUGCGCCUGCCUGACUGCGUACAGCAUUUCCACCCAGUGCGCGAAGCAAUUGCCCUAGCCACCGCUGCCGCCACCGUCCAUGCGGAUGCUGCAGCAGCAGCAGCAGCAGACACCUAUGAUGCGCUAGCUCGCACACACACCACCUGCGAUUCACUGCCACCACCAGUUGGCGACCACACAGUCGCGCCUUGUGUUCAUCACGUGGAGGAGGAGGCGGCGUCGGCGUCGACAGCGCAGGGCGCGAUGCGACAUUGGUUAGAGCACUGGUCUAGUAAACCAGGGGUCGAGAGUUCAAUUCUCUCCGGAGGCAGUCCUCCUCUUAUCUUCGUCGCCCCCUUCUUCGUCUUCUACAAACAUGCGCACAAAAGUCCACUUGCCCUUCUAUCGAUAGGCCUCCUGUCGUUGUCGAAGCGUGUAAGCAAGAUGGGAUCGUUAUUAUCUAAACAAUCGCCAAGCCAAGGACCCCAAACUGAGGGUCGAGAGACCGCCUUCCAGCAGUUCACCAAUUCAAUUAGACGUUCCAUUCGUGUCAAGCGCCAGACACCCUCGCAUGCAACGCCCCACGCUCCAUCAGAACAGACGGACAAAUGUCCGACGGAAUUGCAAAAACCAGGUGCCCGCGUGCGCUCCACCAUUCCGGAGAGUUUCCGCCAAUCUGGCAGUGCAGAUGCGACUCCUGCCCCGGCAAGUGCAUCGUCUCCUGUGCGCGAAGUCCAGCCUCCCCCGGCCACGACCCCUCAGACUCGGAGUUCAGCCGUAGUAGAAGACAAGCCGAAGAGUCCAACUGUGCAAACUCCAAGCAAGGAGACCAAGCCGGAAUCAGAAGAACAUUUGGACACUAACAAAGCCAUGGCUGUCCUUAAGGAAGCUAUCACUGUCAGGUCGGAGAACCAGAACCAGAGAAAGAGCUCGUCCUCCUCUCUUUCCAACGACGAGGCAACAAAACCAGCAGUCGAAGGACAUCCCACUGAAUCCAAAUGCACACCGAAAGACGAGUCCGAGGAUGUGAAGACAGCCUCCACCGAGGGUGAGGGCAUUAAACAUGUUGAGAACAUCCUGGGGAAACUAGCCACAGACGACAAAGAGGAGGAUUCGUCGUCGGAGUCUGAAAAGGCCCAGAAACCAGCGAUUAGUUUAAUGGCAGCCUUGGAAAAACGAAAGAACGCAGCCAAAUCCGAUUCUCCGACCUCCUCGCCAUCCAUAUCUCCUGGAGUCAGCAAUGUCUUAGAAAGCAUCGCGUCGGUCUCCACGACUGCCAAGUCACAAGAAGCCGUCAGUUUUAUGUCGACGCUGGUUGCCCCACAACAACACUCAAACGGGGAGGAAGCGGACUAG